CGCGUGCAAACGGGACCUCUCCUGUGACAGCCGUCGACAACUAGAAAUGAUAGUCCUGCACCGCGCGUCUGAGUGCUUCCUCCUCUCGUGCGCGGGCUCGAGAGGUCCUGGUCUUUCCUGAAUCUCUGUCAGCGGUACCAUCUGUUCGACAAUGCGCGAGAUGGAAGCGGAGAGACCGCCUGAGAUCAAGCGCAGCAGAAAACCCGCGCGCCCCGUCAAACGGGAACUCAAUUCGGAGAUGAAGUCCUUUGCAGAGAGCACCAUGAAUGAGCUGCUGGGCUGGUAUGGCUAUGAAGAAUUGGACUUGAGAGAAGUCUCUGGAGCUGAGAGCAGAAAGCCCUGCGUCAAACGCCAUGUGUCCGUGCUGAGAGAAACUUCUGUGCCAAGUGGUCAGCUUGAGGGAACAUCCCUGGAGAACGAGUCUCUUGGAGCAAGAGAGGGUGUCAGUGCUCGAUCCAACUCCUUCCCCACCACCUCCUCUUCAUCCUCCGAGGAGAAGGAGGCGCGAGCCACACACGUCAUCGUACCUCUCAUCAAGCCAUCUGCAGUGGAGGAGGUGCAGAACGUGUUGAUCGUGUGUGUGUGGUGUCAGAGGGAAGGCGUGCGUCGCUUCUCCCUCCUCAUGGGCCGCCAGCUCAAGAGCUUCUGCAGUGAGAAGUGCUUCUUCGCCUGCCGCAGAGCCCACUUCAAGCGCAACAAGGCUAAUGAUUCAAGUUGCCAUGGUGAUACAUUUCCUGGUGGAAAGGAGGAAGAGGAGAGUGCCCCUGUCCCCAAAAUGAAAAGCAGUACUAGCACCAAAGUUUGUGAUUGGUGCAAACGCCUGCAGUCUACACAAGAAUAUGUUGCCACGGGAACAGGGGAUGAGCGUCUCCAUUUCUGCAGCUCAGAGUGUGUGAAUCAGUACAAGAUGGACGUCUUCUAUCGGGAGGCCCGGGCCGCACUGACGGCCAGGCAGUCCACCGAGGACCGUGCUGCAGAGGUCAAGGAGUCAAAGGUCAAUGAAGGGUCACCCCCGUCACCCCUCCUCACGCCAGCCUCCUGGACGAGUGGCCUGAGACCAACACCCUCGCCAAAUCCCCCUCCCGCGUCAUCUUCAUCAGCAUCAUAUUCUUCAUCAGCAUCAGCAGCAUCAUCAGCAUUAUCAUCAGCAGCUCCUGAGCCAAUCAGCGUGUGCCAAAGAACGAGUCUGUGCCACUCGUCUGCCUCCUCUUCCCCUCAUCCUCCCGUCUCAUCGCCCAGUCAGGAGAGGUUCGCCAUCGCCAGGGUCCCUGUGGCACCUCCACCCCCACCCCUGACCCCACACACACUCCCACGUCCCUCACACACACCCCCUCCGGCCUCAUCACACACACACUCCCCCUCACACGCGCUCGCCGUCACUCACACGUACACACAACCCACUCCUGUCGCUCUGGCACACACGCGCCCGUCUCCGCUCGUCCCACCUGCUGCUGUCCUGAUGCCCGCCUUCCCUGGUGCUCCCAUGAUGCACUGGGCCCCAGGAUGCCCACAGAUGUUGCCCCCGCAUGCCCCCCCACCCCCACGUGCCCCGGUUCAUCCUCCCGGUGCCCUCACUGCCUCCGCCGUUCCCCCAAAACACCAUUCUGGUCCCCUAUCCCAUAAUAAUCCCUCUGCCAGUUCCCGUGCCAAUACCGAUACCGAUACUGCUGCCCGCGGGCGAGCAGCCAUCACACUCAUCGCCGGUGGCGGGCAGCGAGGCUAACACAUCUCCGGUCGGCCGAGGAGACGCCACACACGCAGGAGUGUGUGUGAAAGCAGAACGCCCCUCCUCGCCACACACACACACCACCAACACACACAACCAGGGAGCAGCAGCAGAAGCCCAGAGCAGCACACACUCCGCCAUGGAGAGGGAAGAUGGAGAGAGAGAGAGAGAAAAGGACCAGGAGGACACGGAGGAAGAGAGAGAGACGGUAGCAGAGGAGGAGGAGGACGACAAGAAGCCGAUGAUGAACGGACAGAGAGAGGGAUGGAGGGAGGGAUGGAGAGAGAGGAGGGUCAUCCAGAGCGUGACUCCCACUACAACAGCCAUCGCCGCGGAGAUGGACGACCGGAGGAGGCCCAAGGAGGAAGUGACCGUCAGAGAACCUGCCUGGUGCUCGGGUCAACACACACUCUCCACACACACCGCCAACAACGGCACGGUGCUGAAACGUCACACACUCUCACCACACACCCACGUCAUACACCUCACACACACGGCGCAGACUGCCGUCACACACGCCGCAUCCACACACACCUCGUCUGCUGUGCAGGAACAGGCCGAUCAGACACGCCACUCACACUCACCCCACAUUACACACACUAGCAGCUCACACACACACCUAAUAACCUGUGCUGUCAGUCAAACCGUUACCAUGCCAACAGAUUCCUCACACAAACUGUCCCCACCCCCUGAGUCACCCGAAAGCCAAUCAGACGAACUUAAAGAGAACUGCGUCUGGAAUGGGCAGUGCCAUGAAGUGACUGACAGCCAGGCACACCAAUCGGAUGGCUCGAGAGGAGCUGAGGAGGAGGAAGAACACACAGAUGUCCAACACACUCCUGCCAAACACACACACGUGGUGCUGAAGCGCGCUCACACACAGACCCAGACACACACACAAUCACUGCAGGAGUGCUCAGAGGAGGAACCAGAGGAGAAGAGAGGCUGUCUACAGAUCAGAGAUCAGAAUGCAUAGAGCAGUCACAGUCUUAUCAGUGCAAUUGACCGAAGACUCCACCCAUACUGUGUCUGAGCCAAUCAACAGUGAGGUAGCCAAACCACACACAAAGGAACUCUGACGUUUGUAUUGGAGGAGGAACAGUUCUCGUUUGAGCCAACAUCACGUGUCCAGUAACUGAUUGAUUGUCCAGUGACACACACACACACACACAAACACAAAAGCACCAAUACACAAACACACACACACCUUCACCUGUGAUCUUCAGAGGAAUUUAUCUUUUUCUAAAUGUUACAAAAACAGACUGCCAUUUGUUUCCUCUUUGUUGACAAAGACUCACACACACACACAGACACACACACACACACACACACACACACACACACACACACACACACACACACACACAC